UAAGGUUUACAAGAAGUUGUUAAUAUUCAUUUAAAAAACCCAGUAUGAUCGUAUGAUUGAAAAUUAGCUCUGCACAGGCGCGUACUGGGCUACACAGCCAUCGAAGCUGUCACUCAAUUGGACUGUCAAGGCUCCAAGAUGAAGGACAGACAGGGCUCUCUGUGGAAGAUGAAUCGCUACACCGCCCUAAAGCAGCUGGGGGACGGGACGUAUGGUAGCGUCCUCUUGUGCAAGUGCAACGAGACUGGGGAGCUGGUGGCCAUAAAGAGGAUGAAGAGGAAGUUUUAUUCUUGGGAUGAGUGCUUGAAUCUCAGAGAAGUGAAGUCGCUGAGGAAACUGAACCACGCCAAUGUUGUUAAACUGAAGGAGGUCAUCCGGGAAAACGACUAUCUAUACUUCGUCUUUGAAUAUAUGAAAGAAAAUCUCUAUCAGCUCAUGAAAGAAAGGGAAGAUAAGAUGUUUACUGAAAAUGAAAUAAGGAACAUUCUGUUCCAGGUUUUGUCUGGCUUAGCAUUUGUGCACAAGCAUGGUUAUUUCCAUCGGGAUAUGAAGCCAGAGAACUUGCUGUGCAUGGGUCCAGAGCUGGUGAAGAUUGCUGAUUUUGGACUGGCCAGAGAAAUACGAUCACAGCCACCUUACACUGUUUAUGUCUCCACAAGAUGGUACCGAGCCCCAGAGAUCCUGCUGAAGUCAAACUCCUACAGCUCACCCAUUGACAUCUGGGCCGUGGGAUGCAUCAUGGCAGAGCUGUACACACUCAGACCCCUGUUCCCUGGUAACAGCGAGGUGGAGGAGAUCUUUAAGAUCUGUCAGGUUCUGGGAUCACUGAAGAAGUCGGACUGGCCGGAGGGCUAUAACCUGGCUACGGCGCUCAACUUUCGCUUCCCUAAGUGUGUCCCCACCAGUCUCAGAUCCCUGAUCCCCAACGCCAGUGACGAGGCCAUCGCACUGAUGAAAGACAUGCUGCAGUGGGACCCCGAGAGAAGACCAAGUGCUGCUCAGGCUUUACGGUAUCCAUACUUCCAUGUGGGCCAGUCCCUCUGUGCCCCUCUGAAGUACUCAGAGCAGCAUACAGCUCAGAUGAAGAUCUCUGAUCCAGAGACAAAGCCCCUGUCCCUUUGUAAGUCUGACCUUGAGUCCAUCGAGCAGAUCCAUGCAGAGAUGCAGACCUUCAGUCAGCUUCUCCAGCAGAUCCCUCUGCCUCAGGACAACAUGGAGCCAAACACUAAACACGUUGUGUGUCCAAGCACCUUGAUAGAGGACCAGGAACCUCUCAGUCUGGUGAAAAACAAGCAACCAGUGGAGUGUAAAUCUCCUACAAGAGCGGCCCAAAGAGGAACAGAGAACAGCCUGACUGGAAUGAGGGCAGGACGCAGAAGAUGGGGCCAGACAUCAUUCAAGUCCAUCACCAGCUUGGAUGAGAGUGAGGAUGCAGACAUUGGAGUGUCCCUCUCUAAAAAAAACACCAAGGGCUCUCGGAAGGAAAGGGAGCUGGACGAGCCUUGCACAGGAGCAAAGCUGCAAAGCAGUGCGCUGAAAAGAGGGGACUCCUGCACACUGUCAGCCAAGCAGCACUACCUCCGCCAGUCCAGAUAUCUGCCAGGUGUAAACCCAAGAAAAAACACCUCAACAGAAAACCAGGGGGUUGGCAGAAACCUGUGGGGCAGCUCAAGCUUACCCAGAGGACAGAGGUUGGAGCUGCCUCCAUGUAAAGAUAUUAGUCUGCCUAAACUCACACAAACACUGCCUUUUGAAGAAAUGACCUUGGAAGAUCUUGAUCUACCCAAAGAUCCCCUCAUGAACAUCGCCAACAGACCACCAAAGACAUACCUGUCACCUCUGCAGAGGACUGAAACAGGAGCAGCAAAACAGAGGAUCACCGGCUCCUCUGCUAUUGAUCUGUCAUCUGCUGCUGAUCUAAGAGUCCCAUCUAAAAUAAAGCCAGCCAAGAGCAAAACCCCCUCACACAAACUGUUCCCCUCAAAUGAAGAAUAUGAAGGAUGGAAACGCCAGAAUCCUCAGGUCCCAGGAUCCAGCACUACAGGAAAGAAAACCUUUGGAAGAUGUACAAAAGUCCAGCCCGUACAUGGACGAGUAGACUGGAGUGCCAAAUAUGGAGGCCACCAGUAG